AUGCCCCUUCUCCGCCGAGGAUAUGCUCGUAUUCGUACAAUCUAUAACCUUGACUUCGAUAUCCUCAGCUCCGGACCACCGGCUGUCUACCUUCAUCUUGGAGCUUUACUUUUGAGUAGGCUGUUGUACUUCUUCGUGGUCGGUAUCAGGCCUUAUCCCGAGAUCAGUGCUGAGGGAUUCGUCUCGUCGGUUUCCAAGGAAGAUAGGCCUCUGUCCCCAGACUACGGCCAUGCUGUUGGUAAAGAAGCACGACACCCCGAUAACUAG